GUUGUUCGUGGACUACAUACACCAACCUCCAAUUGUUCGGAGGAAUGGUUCAAUCUUCAGUGACUUCAUUACCUGCCUGCCAAAAUCUUUGUGCCAGUACUCCAGGAUGUCAAGCCAUUGAAUGGGUUCCUAAUAACGGCGUAGGCUCGCAAUGUUUCACAUUCACUUCUUCAGCUGUUCCGACUAUCAGCGCAUCUGGAAUUAACCAUUACAUUUGUUCAGGGACUACCGCGGUCACAUCAACUCCAGGUUGUUCGUGGACUACAUACACCAACCUACAAAUGUUCGGAGGAGUGGUACAACCUUCAGUGACUUCAUUACCUGCCUGCCAAAAUCUUUGUGCCAGUACUCCAGGAUGUCAAGCCAUUGAAUGGGUUCCUAAUAACGGCGUAGGCUCGCAAUGUUUCACAUUCACUUCUUCAGCUGUUCCGACUAUCAGCGCAUCUGGAAUUAACCAUUACAUUUGUUCAGGUUGA